AUGCUUGGGAACAGCUUAGCCAAUCUAACUCUGUGUUUCAUAAGACUUUUCGUCGGAGUAAAGAUUAAUUGGUAUUAUGCUGAAACUGCUAACAUUGAAAUAGGAAAGUUUAUGACGUUCCAAAAUAUGGAAAUAGCAUCGUCCGUUAGCUCCAAAGAAGUACACAGUGAUAGCUCUCAUGUGGAAUGUAGUCUGCGGUUACUCAGUAAAGAUAACAGUUGUGUCUCCAGUUAUAAUACAGUUACACGCACCUGUUUGUUGUAUACUUCCGAUUGCUCUCCGUCAUUCAAGGAAUCAAGUACUGGGACGUUGGUAAUACACAGAGAUCUGCCAGGAUUGAUUCAGGACAGCGAAGAUUGUUCGUACUACAAGAAUAUCAACAAGCCUAGUGGUGUAUAUAUAAUACAGCCAGAAGGUGUUAGUACUGGUAUGAUGGUAUACUGUGAUAUGGAUACAGGUAGUGGUGGCUGGAUAGUAAGUAUAAGUCUGUUCUCUAGUGGUGUCUAUACAAUACAGCCAGAAGGUGUUAGUACUGGUAUGAUGGUAUACUGCGAUAUGGAUACAGGUAGCGGCGGCUGGAUAGUAAGUAUAAGUCUGUUCUCUAGUGGUGUCUAUACAAUACAGCCAGAAGGUGUUAGUACAGGUAUGAUGGUAUACUGUGAUAUGGAUACAGGUAGUGGUGGCUGGAUAGUAAGUAUUAGUAUGUUCUCUAGUGGUGUCUAUACAAUACAGCCAGAAGGUGUUAGUACUGGUAUGAUGGUAUACUGUGAUAUGGAUACAGGUAGUGGUGGCUGGAUAGUAAGUAUUUGUCUGUUCACUAGUGGUGUCUAUACAAUACAGCCAGAGGGUGUUAGUACUUGUAUGAUGGUAUACUGUGAUAUGGAUACCGGUAGUGGUGGCUGGAUAGUAUUUCAGAAUAGAUACGACGGUUCUGUUAACUUUUACGAGACAAAGAACCAGUAUAAAAACGGAUUUGGGAGUUUAUCAGGAGAAUUUUGGUUAGGCAAUGACAACCUCUACACGUUAACUUAUUCAAAUAAGUACAUGCUACGUGUAGACCUAACAGAUGACUCGGGUAACACAAGAUAUGCAGAGUACUACAUCUUCAGAGUAUCAGAUGAGGCAGACAAAUAUAGACUGACUAUUGGAGAGCACCAAGGCGAUGCUGGAGAUUCUAUGUAUUAUAAUAACAACCGAACAUUUCAAACGAAAGACUUGGACUCAACAAAUAAUGGUUGUUCUCUUGUUAGAUAUGCUGGCUUUUGGUUUUAUGGUUGUACCUGGGCUAAUCCGAAUGGACGCUGGAUUCCGGGUAUUGAUUCCUGGGAGUCCACUUACUGGAUUACUUGGCUAUCAAAAUUAGGCAUGUCUAAAAUUUCAAUGAAAAUCCGACGAAAAUGA